UUGAACAAUGGCCUAGAAGUAAUAGAAGAGAACCUCAGUUCAUACUGUAGUCUGCAUCAAAGUUCGUAGUCUCUUUGCCAAUUAUUCUUUUCUAGUUAAUUUCUAGAUAAUUCUAGUUAAUUAAUAAAUCAAUUAAUAAACAAAAGUCAAUAAAUAAAAUACUGUAAGUUUUGAAUUAUUCAGCUACAUUUAAAAAAGUAUCAGUUCGCUUUUAAAUAUUUAAAAUAUUUUUAAAAACCGGCCUAUCAAUGCAAGUCAAAAAGACAAUUCGUAGUAUUCCUAUAAAAUUAAUUAAAAAAAAUGAAUGGGCAAAAUCACAAUACUUUCCAUUGAAGAACGUAGUUCCCUUUCUGGAGUUUAAUGUCUGUGCGAUAAUAAAUGCUGAGAAUAAAUUGUCGAUAAAAGUAGUAAAGCACAAUCUAAAACCAGCGACUGCAGUAAUUGAACUACAAGUAGCAAAAAAAGAUUGGAUGAUAACAGAUUUUAAGAAUUGGACUGAAGAAUGCUGUUUUGACAACGUUCCUAUUCCUUCGCAUUAUGUGAAUUGUGAUAAAUGUUCAAGAAUUUACCGAGCAAAUAUUUGCAAAUUUUGCGGGUAUAAUUUAAAAGUUUUAUGUACGAUAACUUGGUAUGGAUUUAAUGACGAGUACGAGACGGCAGAUGUGUCACUAGAUAUAAAUAAGUAUUUGAAACCAGACAGACAUCUAUUCAGUGACGUAAUUGUCAAAGUAGGCGACAAGAAAUUUCGAGCGCACAAAAUAAUUUUGGCAGCGCGCAGUCCAGUUUUUGAAAAAACGUUAUCAAUAGAUAUGAGAGAACUCAAAGAAGAUUGUAUGACUCUGCCUGAUGAAUGUAUACAAGUCGCUGAAGAAUUAAUGCAAUUUUUGUAUGAGGGGAAAUUGGGCUCAUCGAAAACGAAUGUUGAUGCCUGCAUUUUAAUGCUGAAAAUAGCGAAGACAUAUGAAAUAAACGCACUGGAAAUUGUGUGUGAGAAAAUUUUAGGUAACAAAGUAAACAUGGGUAAUGUGGUUCAGUUAUUAGAAGUCGCUCAUGUGUAUAAUGCACCUAUUUUAAAAGAACGUGUGACUUCAUUUAUUUUAAUGAAUCGUGCGAAAGUAAUUCCUUCGAGUGAUUACGUUGAUUUGUCUCAACGACACCCAGAGAUAAUGACCGCAAUAAUUAAAAAAUUGGCCCUAGUUUCUUGAAACUUUUAUUAUUGAUAUAAAAGUUACUGACGAAUAGAUUAGAUUUAUAAGAAAAUAGUUUUAAUAAUUGACUGGGUCUGUUUGAUUUAAAUUUAAUUAAUUUAUUCAUUUAUUUGUUUGAAAUUUAUAAACUAUUUUACGACGGCUACACUUAGACUUAAUGACAAAGUCUAUGUAAUUUAUUAUAGCAGCGGUAAAAACAACUUUUAAAAAAUUUAAAAGCGCAAAAUAACUUUUAAUUACUUGCAUUUUUCUGAGUUUCUUUAAAAUUAAUUGUUUAAAAAAUCAAACGAAGUAGAUCGUAAGAUUUCUUUUUUUAUAAAAUGAUAGCCAUAUGUUCGCGAUUUUUAUUCUAGUUGUUAUUUGAAAAUAAAGUAAUUUUGGCGCGAAAAAUUGUCAGAAAUUUCUUUUUAUAAAUAAAAAUUAAUGAUUGUGAGUAAUUAAUUAAAUAAAUAAUUGUAAGCAAUAAAUUAUUGUUAGAGCAUAAGAAAUA